AUGCAGGAGGCCGCGCCGGCGGCGAGGGACCCUGCGGUGCCGCAGAAGCACAUCGUAGAGAACCCGCAGCUGAUGGACGUCUUCCGCCACUCGGCGUCUUUCGCGAAAAUCAUCGCGUAUCUGCAGGGCUGCUCGGAGUCGGUCGAGGGGACGCCACGAAGUGGGCGACUAGCGCAAAAGCCCGCGGAGUUUCACCCGACCGUCCGCUUCUUCCUUGAGACCUUCUUCCCACACCUGCACAAGAUUGUGGACGAGGUACCGCUGCAGGACUUGAAGCUGCAGCGGUUUGGCAACAAGGCAUUUCGCGUCUUUCACAGUCGCCUUGAGGCGGACGUUGACGCGCUGAUGCAGCAGCUGGUGGCGACGCUGCCUGCAACGAAGGUCGAGCGGAGUGCGGAGGCGCAGCACAGUCUGGCCGUGGAGCUGGCAGAGUACGUCAAGGACUCCUUCGGCAAUAGCACCCGCAUUGACUACGGCACAGGGCACGAGCUGCACUUCUUUGUCGUCAUGAUGAUUUGCCUGCAGGAGUGCGGCGACGCCGGCGGCACGCUGCGGGCGGAGCCUGACAUAAUUCUCUCCCUGAGCUUCCCUCCACCGGCGCCGGUGCUGGUGGACGACAGGGACCGCGUGCGGCGGCUGCGGCAGGGCAUGGUGUUCGAUGUGUUCGGCGCGUACCUCGCCUUUAUGCGGCGGCUGCAGAAGCACUACCACCUGGAGCCCGCUGGGUCGCACGGGGUGUGGGGGCUCGACGACUAUCACCACAUCCCCUUCAUCUUUGGCGCGGCGCAGCUGAUCGACAAGGAGGUGCCCUGCACGACCGACUCCGUCAGCACCGGCAAGGGCUACGGGGUCAUCCUGCCAAAGCACGUCUGUGAGGAGAACGCCGUCCGGCUUCACGCCGAGGAAUACUUUUACUUUGCGCAGGUUGCGUGGGUGCGGGACAACAAGACAGGCCCCUUCUUUGAGCACAGCAGCAUGCUCUACAACAUCAGCGGCGUAGAAAGCUGGCGCAAGAUAUAUACUGGCAUGAUAAAGAUGUACGCCGCGGAGGUGCUGGGAAAGUUCAACGUUGUGCAGCACUUCCUUUUUGGCGACCACUUUCCCUGGCCGGAGGAGGCCGCGUAG